CCUCCGGCCGCGUCCCCGCUGGCCCUGCCGACGUGGCGGGGCGGGACCCGCCCGGAGCUCCAGCGCGCACCCGCCAGCCUGAGCGGUAAUAAGAAAAAAUGUCUGAUGAUGCUGGUGACACGGUAGCCACUGGAGACAAAGCAGAAAUUACCGAGAUGCCCAACAGUGAUUCUUUACCCAAAGAUGCAGAGGCACACUGUGAUUCAGCGACAAUUUCAAAUGAGCCGACCCUGGCUGACCCUGGAGGCGAGGUGCAUGAAAAUGCAGCCAUUCAGGGUGCAGAGGCUGCUGACGCUGGGCACCUGGAGCAGCCCAAAGACACCAGUGCUGUGGACCCCCCACUCAAUGGAGAAGUGGCUGAGGAUGUGCUCACCGAAUGCAUCGACGCUGUCAGCCUGGAGGCAGAACUUGGAUCCGAAAUACCCCUGAAAGAACAGAAUAAUCCGGCUAUGGAUCUCCCUCCACACGGAGGGGCAUGGGCAGGCUGGGGCUCCUGGGGCAAAUCUCUGCUGUCCUCCGCAUCUGCCACAGUAGGUCACGGACUGACAGCAGUCAAGGAAAAAGCAGGGGCCACUCUACGGAUUCAUGGCGGGAAUUCCGGCUCCCCUGAAGGGGCCCAACCCGACACGGAAAACAGCGCCCCUCAAACAGAUGCAGCCGCAGAUCAGAGCCCUGCGGAAGGCCCACCCACUUCUCCGUCCUCGGGGUCUCGGGGCAUGCUGUCAGCCAUCACCAAUGUGGUUCACAACACAGGGAAGAGCGUCUUGACAGGCGGGCUCGACGCCCUGGAGUUCAUCGGCAAGAAAACCAUGACUGUGCUCGCGGAGAGCGACCCGGGCUUCAGGCGCACCAAGACGCUCAUGGAGAGAACCGUGUCCUUGUCUCAGAUGUUACGGGAGGCCAAGGAGAAAGAGAAGCAGAGACUGGCGCAGCAGCUCCCGGCCGGGAGGACUGCACACUACGGGAUGCUGUUUGACGAGUAUCAAGGUUUGUCACACCUGGAAGCUCUGGAAAUUCUGUCCAAUGAAAGUGAAAGCAAGGUUCAGUCAUUUCUCGCAUCAUUUGAUGGAGAGAAGCUGGAGCUCUUAAAAAAUGACCUAAUUUCCAUUAAAGACAUCUUUGCAGCCAAAGAGAUGGAGAAUGAAGAGAAUCAGGAAGAUCAAGGCUCAGAAGAAAAGGGAGGAGAAUUUGCUAGCAUGCUUACAGAGCUUCUCUUUGAAUUACAUGUUGCAGCCACGCCUGACAAACUCAAUAAGGCCAUGAAGAAGGCCCAUGACUGGGUGGAAGAGGAUCAGACCGUCGUGCCAGUGGGUGUGGGCGAUGGGGCGGAGGAGAAAACUAAGGAGGAAGAGAAGGAAGAGAAACCUGAAAACCCCGAAGACGACAAAAAGGAGGAAAGGAGAACUAAAACAGUGGAGGAAGUGUACAUGCUGUCCAUUGAAAGUCUGGCAGAAGUCACAGCACGCUGUAUCGAGCAGCUUCACAAAGUAGCGGAAUUGAUUCUUCAUGGGCAAGAAGAGGAAAAACCAGCUCAGGACCAAGCAAACGUUCUGAUAAAAUUAACUACUGCAAUGUGCAAUGAAGUAGCCUCCUUAUCAAAGAAGUUUACAAAUUCCUUAACCACUGUUGGGAGCGACAAGAAGGCUGAGGUCCUUAACCCCAUGAUCGAUAGUGUAUUGUUAGAGGGCUGCAAUAGCACGACCUACAUCCAGGAUGCCUUCCAGCUGCUGCUGCCCGUUCUGCAGGUUUCACACAUCCAGACCAGUUGUUCAGAAGCACAGCCGGGAGCUGGCCAGACCCCACCCAGUUAGAGGGAACAGCGGGCCACGUUGCUUUGCUGCGUGUAUCAUUGAAGGCGUUGCCUUCCACGCAUCUGGCCACAGACACCCAUCUGAGGACACUACGAGCAAUUUUGCACAGACAGUAUUGAGAAUGCAAGUUUAAAGAGAAUAUUACUUCGGUUAUUUUACAAAUAAUUGUGUUUUCUUGGUGUUAAUUUAAAUGUACACAGCUUUGUGUUGAUAAUUUUCUUUAAUCUGAAAUUCAUUCACAAAUACUGCCGUUUCCCUGGUCAAGCGUGCUAUAUACUUGGAGAUUCGUGGGCAAACCUUAGACUUUAUUUUUAAUCCUUUAAAUUUACACCUUUAAAUUUUCUAUUCUUAAAGUAUUUCUUUAAGUCAACUCCUAUACUAAACUUAGUUUUGUUACAUAAAUGUCUUGGACAAAGAUAACACUACUUAUAGAUUUAGCUAUAAUAGUUAAAGGGGAACAUAAGUAUCUCUUUAGAGCCAUUCCUUCUUGAAACAAGCAUUUAUUGAGCUCCUACUAUAUGCUCACAAUAGAGGAAUAUGAUCUAACUCCAAUAAAGACAAGUAUUCUGAAAGAGGGUUUAUAAUAAUUCUUAAACUGCAUUAAAAUACUAAUAAAUUUUCUAAACCUUAAAAAAUUUAAAGAACAAGGUACAUUUAUGGUUUUAAAAAUGUCUACUCUUGAACUUAUUGUAUUUUCCCACCCUUUCUGAACUCUUUUACCCCAAACUUUGUAUACGGUAUGAAAAUGUAUAUGAAAGGGGGUACUACAGAGGAUUUAGUUUAAAAUUGACUUCUUAUGACCGUAAAUUCAUGAUAGCACAAUUACAAAUCUUAGAAGUGUUCAAAUAGAAAAUCAAAGGGAUUUCAACAUGGUAGACUCCUAGGACUACAUUUUUAAAUCUACUGUGGCUGAGUCGGGCUGUUUUAUGAACACACAGAUCAUUCUCGCCCGGAGCAAAUAUCAUCCUUCCUGCGAAGGGGCAGAAGAUGCUGGUGUGCGGGCCGACUGACUGGUGUAUUGACCCGGGAAGGGAGGCACAGAGGAGCCUGCAGCCAGGAGAGGCGUUGCCCACGGGCACUUCUCUUCCUGAAGGCCCGUGCUGUGUCCUGGGUGGGGUGCUCUAUCCUGUUUCUCUCUCAGACGCCCUUACAGGCCAUUGCAGGAUGUCUUGCCCAGGGGCUCUCUUCAGGGCAAAUAAAGCCUGUACUUUCCCACGUGUGGGAAACCCUGCCUUUGCGUUUGCUUUUAUUGCCCUGAUGGAGUACACUAUCUUUGUUCCACACAGGCACUCCUUUGUCUGUGUUGUGUCUUCAUUGGUGUGCAUCCUGAAACGGCCAGAUAGAAAACAUCAAAACUAUUUAUUUACAAUCUGGAAAAAUACUAUUCAAGGAAUCAGCUAAAGAUUUUGUUUACUUGCUUUUUGAUUGCCUGAAAUGUUCCUGUUAUUAAAUCUAGAAGACGAUUAGCUGAUGAAAAUGUUGUUCUACCUCUUCAGAAAUUUUAGACGUUUUAUGUGGGGAGCAGAGAGGAAAGGACUUACACAAUUUCUUCACAUCAGAUUUUUUUAGCAUCAGAUAGAUUUAUAGACAUUCACUGGAAAUGCCAAAGAAACAAAUCAUCUCAAAGAAGCUAGAUUUCCAGAAUUAGACUUUAACUCUAACUACACCCAUUCAGUGCAUACCAAAAUUUUAAUCAUGAAAUAAAAUAGAAACCUAUAGAAGAAUGAGAUAACUAUUCUUUUUAAAGUGGGUGACAUCAUUUAUGUUGCAUUUUCAUGUGUUUUAAUCGAAUACUGAAAGUUGCCAGGUAAAGAUAUGAACUGAGAAAUGAUUCCCAGAGCCCAGCUUCAUGGUCUGUGAACUAUAUUAUUUAAAAGAGAAUACUCAGUCACUAUAUAUCCACCCUCCAGGAUUUCUCUCUUUCAGUGCUGUUUUUUCACCGUCACUUUAAAUGAUUGCUCCUUUGCUUUGCUUUAAAAGCUGGCAAAGCACAGGAUCCCGAUCUGGGCAAAAUGUCUGUCAGUCACUGAAGGAAUGAUUUAGCAGGCUUACUUUGAAAGCUUUCUAUUCCUUCAAUAACCCUGUACAUAAAUUGGGUUCAUUUCACUCUGUGCCAUUACCCUGAAUAAGAGUGCCAGAUUUUUCUUCCAUCAAGUGCAAAAUAAGUUCCAGUCUAAAUAAUGAAUGCAGUUCUGUGCCUGUGCUUUUUAUUAGAUAAAAAGCAUCAAAAGCCUAUUUCAAACUCAAAGCAAAAAUACGUCCAAGGAAAAUUCCUUGGGGGUAUUGAUAUGCACGCCACUAAAGGGCAAGAUCGAGGCCCAAAUCUGAAAGCAGGGGUCCAGUCUUAAACAGCCUCCCCUCCUGAGAAUAGGCGUCUCUCUUUUCUCUGGGUCUCACACUGGGCUGCACUUGAAGUGCACGGUUAAAUGCGUGGUGUGAGUAGCUGGAGGCAGUGGCAGGACUGAGCCGUGUCCCUUAUCCCAACUCAGGAACCAGGGAUCUCAGCUGCCUUCACAAGCGAUGAAAGGAGCCCUGGCCUCGGGCAGCCUAAAGGAAAGUGCUGACUACUGGGUAGAUACCGGAACCCAGAAAUGAGAGCGUUUCUGUCUUUGUAGCAGUCAGCUGCCCCAGGUGCUCGCACACGUCUGGAAAGCCACCUUCGAGAUGAGCAGCCACUUCAGUGGUGCUCACUGCCCGCUUCAGUGAGCAACAAAAGCAGGCGGAUUCCAACACCAGUCAUCCCAGAAGUCCAAAAUGCAACGUGUCUUAGGUCACUUAGCAAAAACAUGAAAUAAACAUAUUUCUCUCCUCCCCUAAAAAAACAUAUAUGUGUACACAUUUUAUGUGCAUGUACAUGUAUGCAUGCGGAGCAGAGGGGGUGGAUCAUACUACAUGACUUCAAUCUCUAUUUAAUUUUAUAAAAGCAAUUAUUCUUCAGGGUUAAGGUCAUUUUUGUAAUGUAAAAAUUGCCCUUUGAUCUUCUUCUCAGGCGUGCCCUACAUUUUUAUAUUCAGAUCCAGCUCCAACUUGGUUCUUAAAUUCUUGUGUUUGUAAAGGCACAUCAGAAGGGAUCAUCCUGGAAACUCCUCAGAGAACUGUAAUUUUGCCCAGUUUUUGUAGUUGAUUAGAAUGGGAAAAGCUGUAGGAGUGGAUUCAGACAAAGGGGGAAAAAAAGAAAUCUUUGUUAACCAUUCGUUUCAUUUUCCUAGACAUUUCAUUAUUUAUUCGGGUUUAUAUGUUCCUUUUCUAUAUGCUCAUCUGUAACAGAUGCUCCAUUCAAUAUCUGCUAAUAAACAAAGCUGAGGAAAGACA